AAGAAUUUAUUACCAUAUCCUGGACCCAACAAGAUGAGGGAUUGUUUCUGCACCAUAAAUUUGGACCAAGAAGAAGUUUUUCGUACUCAGGUUGUUGAAAAGUCAUUAAGCCCAUUUUACAGUGAAGAAUUUUACUUUGAGAUUCCAAGAACUUUCCAGUAUUUGUCUUUCUACAUUUAUGAUAAGAGUGUUUUACAAAGAGAUCUUCGAAUAGGAAAAGUUGCCAUCAAAAAAGAAGCCUUGUGCACCCACACUGGCAAGGAAACAUGGUUUUCACUUCAACCUGUUGAUUCCAAUUCUGAGGUUCAGGGUAAAGUUCAUCUGGAAUUAAAAUUGAAUGAACUCAUUACUGAUAAUGGAUCUGUGUGCCAGCAGCUGGUAGUACAUAUCAAGGCAUGUCAUGGGUUACCUCUCAUAAAUGGGCAGAGCUGUGACCCUUAUGCUACAGUGUCACUUGUAGGACCCUCAAGGAACGACCAGAAGAAGACAAAAGUAAAGAAGAAAACAAGCAAUCCACAGUUUAAUGAAAUCUUUUAUUUUGAGGUGACCAGAUCUAGUAGCUACACCAAAAAAUCCCAGUUUCAGGUAGAGGAGGAAGACAUUGAAAAGCUAGAAAUCAGGGUUGAUUUAUGGAACAAUGGAAACCUAGCUGAUAAUUUUCUGGGAGAGAUCAAGGUUCCUGUGAAGGUGUUAAGAAAUGAUUCCUCUCAUCAAGCCUGGUACUUAUUGCAACCAAGAGAUAAUGGAAAUAAGUCUUCAAAAACUGAUGAUCUGGGAUCACUUAGAUUAUAUAUAUGCUAUACAGAAGACUAUGUGCUUCCUUCAGAAUACUAUGGUCCUUUGAGAAAUUUGCUGCUAAAAUCCCCAGAUGUUCAGCCUAUCUCUUCCUCAGCUGCUUACAUUUUGGGUGAAGUUUGUCGUGAUAAAUAUGAUGCUGUUUUGCCCCUUGUACGACUGCUGCUGCACCACAAUAAAUUUGUUCCUUUUGCCUCUGCAGUGGCUGAAUUAGACUUGAAGGAUACACAAGAUGCAAACACAAUUUUUAGAGGAAAUUCCUUGGCUACUCGAUGUCUGGAUGAGAUGAUGAAAAUAGUGGGAAGGCACUACCUGAAAGUGACAUUAAAACCUAUCCUAGAUGAGAUAUGUGAAUCUUCAAAAUCCUGUGAAAUUGACCCUAUCAGAUUGAAAGAAGGGGAUAAUGUAGAAAGUAAUAAGGAGAAUCUGCGCUACUACGUAGAAAAAUUAUUCAGUAUGAUUAUACAGUCCAAUAUGAGCUGCCCCACUGUCAUGUGUGAUGUGUUCUAUUCGCUGAGACAUAUGGCUGCUCAAAGAUUUCCUAAUGACCCUCAUGUACAGUAUUCUGCCGUCAGCAGCUUUGUAUUUCUUCGUUUCUUUGCUGUAGCCGUAGUGUCACCUCAUACUUUUCAUUUACGACCUCACCAUCCAGAUGCGCAGACAAUUAGAACAUUAACUCUCAUCUCAAAAGCCAUUCAGACUUUGGGAAGUUGGGGAAGUCUGUCUAAAAGCAAGUCAAGUUUCAAAGAAACAUUCAUGUGCGAGUUUUUCAAAAUGUUUCAAGAAGAGAGGUAUAUUGAAGCAGUUAAGAAGUUCUUAGAAGAAAUUUCAUCUACUGAAAGUAAGGAACCCAGUGGUAUGAGUGAGCCGGUACAUCUAAAAGAAGGUGAAAUGUACAAAAGAGCUCAAGGAAGAAAUAGGAUUGGGAAAAAAAAUUUUAAGAAACGAUGGUUCUGCCUGACAAGCAGAGAACUCACCUACCACAAGCAACCAGAUUAUUUCAAUUCAUUUAUGUAUUCAUUUCCAUUUUUAGGCAAAGAUGCAAUUUAUACCAUUCCAGUCAGAAACAUUCUUGCUGUGGAAAAACUGGAAGAGAGCUCUUUUAAUAAGAAAAAUAUGUUCCAAGUGAUACAUACAGAAAAACCACACAUAGAGAAACCUCUUUAUGUCCAGGCAAACAACUGUGUUGAGGCAAGUGAGUGGAUCGAAGUGCUGUGCCGAGUGAGCCGCUGCAACCAGAGGCGACUGAGCGCUUACCAUCCCUCGGCAUACCUCAAUGGGAACUGGCUUUGUUGUAAAGCUACUAGUGAGCACACUGCAGGCUGUACUCCUUGCACCGCAGGUGUUCCUGCAGACAUCCAAAUAGAUAUUGAUGAAGACAGAGAAACAGAAAGAAUUUAUUCUCUUUUUACCCUUUGUAUGCCUAAACUGCAAAAGAUGGAAGAGGCUUGUGGGAGUAUAGCAGUUUACCAAGGACCACGGACAGAGCCAGACGACUAUUCCUAUCUUACAAUUGAAGACUCUGUAAUGACUUUUAAAACACUCCAGCAAAUUAAAGUCAUCCUUGAGAAACUAAAUGAACCUCAUGAAAAGUAUAGAAAGAAGAGAUCCACAAGUGCCAAAUACGGUAGUGAGGAAAAUCCAAUUGUUGGAAAAGUGUCCUAA